CACACUUCCUGUCUAAUCAUAAAGGUGUAGCUGGACUUUGCUCUAGGGUUUGUGCUAAACAGGAACAUUUGACAAAUUUGUGGAUGUUUUCUCCUGGCAUGCAUGUAGAAAUAAUGAUUUACAAAGAUUAAUCUUGGAACUAUACAGACUUUCUCAGUCAGCCAAAAAUAUUAAAACAUUAUUAUUUUUGUAAUAGGUGUGUGACAUCAUAAAGAAAGAAUGUUCAACAACCCAGCCUCAAGAGGUUUCUCAUCAGAGGCAUCUUCUCAGAUGUCCGAUAUGUCUCGGCCCAGUGCAAAAUCCAUCUACAUGCAAAGGAAGGAAUAUUUGGGGAACAUAAGCAGACAAGCAGAUGCUUUUCAGUACAGAGUAGAGCACUUGUUUACAUGUGAAUUAAAUGGACGGGAUGUAAGAAGCACUGAGGACUGCGUGACCAAGCUGAAGAGCCUGGAGAGCCGAGGGAAAGUCUGGGGUCAGGAUAUGAUCCUCCAGGUGCAGGGCAGCCACUUACAGCUGUGUGAUGUGGAAACGAAGGAGCUGCUGGACUCACUUCCUCUUGGCAGUAUCCUUCAGACGAAAGCAAUCUUGGACAGCUGCGCUUAUGACUCCCUCUUGAUAGUCACAGCUCAAGACAAUAGCCAGAGGGUUACAAAUGUUUUCGUGUUCCAGUGUGAGGAAACCGGGGCAGAGGAAUUGAAAGCUGAUUUAGAAAGUGUGAUCCAGAACAGGGAUGAAAGGCCAGGAUUUUCUCCGAGUGAGCCACCGUUUGACAUCAGGAGUAAUCUGGAGAACAUAAUAGGUCAAGGUUAUUCUGGGGGUUUCCGCAAACCUGGACUCUCUCCAAUGCACUUCACACCUCCUCCACCUGAGUAUCCUCCUCCUCACUCCAACUUCUAUCAAGACUAUGAUGAUCACCAGCCUCCGAUGUUUUCAUCCAGAGAGGAGAACCGUUACAGUCCAGACAUGCGGGAACGACAAAACCACAUUGAUCAGCAGCCUCCUCUAUCCAAAUUAGACAUUGAAAAUAAUGUGGAAAUCUUGAAUCAUGCUUUGGCUGACAUCGAGAUAUUUAUUGUCAAAGUCCAAGCAGCUUUAUCACAAGAGAAUGGAAAGAAGAAAAAACUAAACAAAAAGAAAAACCAAGGUGAAUACCUUCCCUCUGUAGAAGAAUUUGUGGCCUGUCUCCAAAAAAUGAAAUAUAGUUUUAAUCUCAUUGGGAAACUUAAAGGGCACUUAGCUAAUCCAGGUGCUCCUGAGUUCAUUCACAGUCUCCUCUCCUCCAUUGCUUUUCUGAGGAUGCAGUAUCCUCCUAAUGUGGCUCCUUCAGUUGUGUUCCCCCUUCUCACUGAACAAGCUCUGCAGCUCCUCACCCAGGAAGUGACUCGAGAGGAGGAUCAGCUCUGGAACAGUUUAGGAGAUGCCUGGAAUAUUCCCAGAUCAAAAUGGCCGAAUGCAGAACAGAUACCACCAUAUGUUCCUCAGUUUUAUGAUGGCUGGCAGCCACCUGCACCAGCCCCUGCCCAAUUAGGACCCAUGAACCAACCUUUGUCACGGAGCAACAGUCAGAGAUUUCCAGCAGAGAAUGGCAUACAGCAACGACCCGGACAGGAUAACAGGCCUUUUGGCGCUCCUCCUGAACGCUCAGGAGAACCUCCGCUUUCCAUGAGAGUGAUGUACAACUUUACAGCCCGAAACCGCCAGGAGCUAAGUGUAAUGAAAGGUGAUGUGGUGCAGGUGGUACACAAAUCCAGGCAGUGGUGGGUAGUGCGAAACAAUCGUGGUGAAGAGGGUAGUGUGCCUCCAAAUGUUCUAGAGCCUAUUAAUGCAGGAGAGCCACCAAGAAUGAAUCGGCCCCCAAAUCUCGACAUGAAGUCCAGCCCAGAAGAUGUCCGAGCCUGGCUACAGUACAAGGGCUUUUCCAACACGACAAUACGGAACCUGGGUAUGAUGAAUGGAGCAUUGCUUUUGGGGAUGAGGCGUGAGGAUAUACGAGCCGUGUGUCCUGAAGAAGGAGGUCGGGUUUUCUUUCAACUGCAGGCCGUUAAAUCAUCUGUGGCACUUGCAAGUGAAGCAGAAUAUAAUCACUACAAUGGCCGCUAAACAAGCUCUGGUGAAAGAGGGAUGCCGGCUGACGGAUUCGUUCACAAGAUCUAUGCAGUGAUUACCUGCUGGCAUUAACAUAUUAUGUUGGUUCAUAAAAACAAUUGAAUGAUCUAAACAUAAAUAUCAACUGAAGUUAUACUCCCAAUACAAUUUGAAAUGUAAGAACGUUUCAUAUGAUGCUUUUUUGAUCCUCUAUUUAACCUACAGUAUUUAUCAUCUAACAUUUGUGUCAGAAGAACGAGUCUAAAUUUUAAUGUUAAUAUUAAUGAUAUUAAUAUUAACAAUACGUUAAUAGUGAAAGUGUAUACACAAUGAUUAAAACAUAUUAACCAACUGUCAUAUUUAGUCAAAUAUUUAUAGACUCUAUGAUCAAGUUUAAUCUAGCUAUUAUAAUUAGAUGCAUUUAUCAUUAUUUUAAUUCUCCAUAUUACUUGUGACUCUUGUAUAUACUGUGCUCCUUUACAUUAUAAACUGGAAUAUUCUUGCAAGAAAGGAUGUCCGGUAUAGUUAAAAUAUGAUCAUUGCUAUCUAAAAUGGUUUUGCAAUUUCUGAUAAACCAAAAUUCUGAAUUUUACCUAUUCAAAUAAAAGUGGAUUUUCAUUAAACACAAUUGUUGCAUGAGUAAAC